AGAAGCAGUAGUGAUGAUGCAGUCAGUUCGUGUGACUAAGGUUUGAAGAUAAACAGAGAAAAUUAACUAGAUUUCCUCAGUACAUUGAGGAAAAUGACACGGCUCUGUCUCUGUGAGAUGUGCAGCUGCGGCCGUCACCGAUGCCCACACCAGCCCACGACACUUUACACAAAAGGGAGUCAGACUAAUGUGUUGACAGAGUACACAGAAAAGUACCCUGCCUAUAAAGGUCACACCUGUCCCAAGAGCCUCAAGCCCCAACAGGUGUAUACAACUCACCAAGACAUAAUGGAAGGAACUACUACCUUCAGGACGGACUAUAUCCCAUAUAAGGUACCUAGUCGCCCUGAGAGGCCACAGGCCGAGUACAAGCCCAAGCCUGGAGAGAUUGACCUAGGAACGACCUAUAAACAAGAUUUCAAUCUAUAUGAAGUGCAACCAUUUGUGCCUUCGCGCCCUAAAGAAAGAGACCAUACCGUGAAUGCAAAACUGGACACUGUGCCCACCUAUAAAGAGGAUUUUCGUCAAUGGGAAAUCAGCAGACGAGAAUUAACUAAACCUGAUAUGACGUAUCACCCCCCUGCUGCAAAAUUUGGGAAUUCCACAACAUUCCAGGAUGACUUCAUUCACAAAGGUAUUGUGCCACCUGAGAGAUACAAGCCCCUUAAAGUAGCUAAGCUAUCUGAUGCUCCCUUUGAAAACAUAACCAGCAACAAGCUCUCAUAUGUACCACAUCAUGUGGAAGCCCGGUAUGUGAAACCACCAGAAGUGUACAAACCCAGUGGCCAUCCUUUCCAAGACCUCACCACCCAACGACAAGAUUACCUAGGCCUGCCUGGACAACUACCUAAAAGCUGCAAACCUGAGCAAGUCAAGUUGGUCUCAAACAUGCCCUUCCAGAGCAACACGGAAUUCCGUGAAAGUUUCCAGCAGUGGCCCGUCUCCCUACCCCAGUUCCACAAGUCAGUGGUGUACACAAGUCCCACGAAGCACAUGGACCUGACUACCACCUCGCAUACAGAUUACAUCAAGCCCCAAAUCCAGCCUUUUGUUGCUGCCAAACCCUUCUCACUCCCCACAAAGUCUUCUGGGUCUUUCCAGGGCAACACAACCAUGAGAGAUGAUUUCCAGCCAUGGGUGGCGCAACGUCAAGGUAUGAUCCGGAAGCAAGAGGAAAUACAACGUUACAGUGGGAAAAUGGAGGAUCUGACCACAUUCAAAUCCCAUUUCAUCCAGCACGAACCACAGCCCACACUCAGCUUCAAGCCCCAUAAUGCACAACUGUGGACCAAAGAUCCACUAGAGAAUGAGACCAUGUACCACACAGAGUUCACGCCCAAGAGGAUCAGCAUGUGUCCGGCCAGUUUCGAGUCUCCACCAGGAUUUGUUUUCGAUAACUGCGAUGAUCAAGGGCACCUAUUCUUCUACAAGAUGAAGUCCACUGAUAAGAUUGAGAGUCCUAAAGCAAUGGCCUUGACGGCUAAAGAAAGUCAUCAUGCUGAGUUUCUAUAAAAGGUGCCUCAAACUAGCAUAUGAACCUAUCUCUCUGAAUUAUUCUUAUUCUACAGGAGAUUUUACUGAAUCAAGACAUGUAGAAUGG